CAGCUGUCCACUGGGAGCGUCUCCUUGGGGGGCUGGAGCUGUGCGAGGGGCUAUUCCCGCUCCCCCCCUCCCCGGGCUCCAGCUGGGAACACACCGAGAGCGAGAGGAGCCCAGCAGUAGCCCCUCGCCUCGCUCUUUAUCGGGGGAGCGUCCGGCCGCAUUCACUCCAUCCCGCUGCACCUGGUGCCUGCUCGGAUCAUGUCAGCUAAGCUGCUGGUGCUGCUCUUCCUCCUGGCAGUGUUUCAAGCCUGCUCCAGGAAAGUUGAAGAGGAUGAAUAUGAAGAUGUAACAGGCAACCAGAAAUGGGUAUUAGCUCCAAGAACGCAAGACACAGAUGCGACUCUUAUAUUAAACAAGUUGCUGAGGGAAUAUGACAAAAAGCUACGGCCAGACAUUGGAAUAAAACCAACAGUUAUUGAUGUUGACAUUUAUGUUAACAGCAUUGGCCCAGUGUCAUCAAUAAAUAUG